AUGUCCUGUGUUCGCACGCUGCUGCGGCUGACGUGUCUAGACCGCACAGGACUAGAGCGGGGCUCAGAGGCGGCGGAGCUGGUCCACUUACCCGCAGCAGUUACGAGAACAUCAUUAACCAUCAACAAGUACCUGGAGGAGUUUCCAGGGUUAGUACACUUCCUGUACAUCGACCGCACGAAUCACCGAGUCACUGCACCCAGUCUGGACUUCUCCUCAGAGGAGACUGUGACUCUCACUAAAAAGAAAAUUUGGAGUAUGGUGGAGUUCAGUCGCACUCAUCUUCAGGAUGGACAUUUGGCUGUCAUGUGGAAAGAUACUACUUUCAACUAUGCCUACUAUCUUUGGUUGAGGAUAACACG